CAACGAUUCCCGCUUGCUAUUUGUUUGAAAUUGCGAUAAGAUUUGCAGAACCAAAAAAACACAGUAAAAAGAAUCGAUGCAAAAUCGAAUUCACUUCACACUCACACUAACAACUGAGAAUUGAAGAAGAAAACUACAAUGAAAUCGAUCAUGGAUUCCAUUUCCGAUCUCUCUCUCUUAGAAAUCUCCAGCGACGCCGACGAUUCUCUUCUCUCCGCCACUCCCACUGCCGCCAACCUUUUCUCAUGCUCUCCUCUCAUUUCUCUCAGAUCUCGCCCUCGUCAAAUCAUACGAAUUGCAGAGGGAAGAGAAAUUGAUUCUGGAGAUUUGAUUUCGUUGACUCCGAAAGACAGUGCCAACAAAGAGAACACGAAUUGCAGUAAAAUGGAAACGCCGAGCGUGGGGUCUUCUCAGCAGAAGAAAAGGAAAAAGAAAUUAGGUGGAUUCAACUUGCGUAAGAGCUUGGCGUGGGAUCGAGCUUUCUUUACCGAACAAGGUGUUUUGAAUCCGAUGGAGCUUUCGAUGAUCAGUGGCACGGCUACUCCUAAUUCAAAGUCGAAUUUGGAAGUUAUUGAUGAAGAAGAACCGGCUACCACUUCAUUAGCAUUGCAGGAAAUUGAAGAAAAUCUGUUUAAGCAUUCAUCGGGAGGUGUUUCGAUUAGAGAUAGGAAGAUUGGUGCUGUUUCUGGCUUAUCUCCAAAGCCUGGUGCAUCGAUUAAACAAACGCCACCUGCUGCUUCCUCGGCAAAGAGAAAUGUACUUGCUGUCAACAAUGUUGGAAAUCGAUAUAAGCGCAGUGCUUGUCCGAGGCCAGUACCUUCACCAUCAUUAAAAAGAACCAAUGCUGUUAAAACUCCGAGUAAAGAGUCAAAAAUGACUAGGAUACCAGGACCAAAAUCCAAUGUUUCUGCAAAUGCACCAACCACUAGGAGUGGAAUGUCGAGCUCAGGUACCUCAAAGAGAAAUCAGAUUGCACCUCCUGUCACUAACGUUCAGAAGUAUGCUGGAGUAAAAGGCGUGCCAAAAAAUCCUAGAACUGUGCCAAGCAUCCCAAAAGUUGAUCCGGCUGAUAAAUAUUCUGUUAGUAGAACUCUUACCAAGCAGGCUGGAAACCGUUUGGAUAACUCAGUUUCAGAAACACGUCCACAAUCCAAAAUACAACAAACAGGAAGUGGAGCAAAUAAGGUGUCUGAUGCUUGUUUUCCACAAUCUAGAAUGCAUCAAACAGGAAAUGGAGCUAAUAAGGUGUCUGAAGCUUGUUUCCCCCAAGGAGUUUCUGACACUGAUAAGAAAAAGCCACAGACACUGUUUCAAACAACAAAGUCAUCAGGCCUAAGGAUGCCAUCUCCCUCAAUUGGAUUCUUCUCUCAGGCCAAAGCUUCCAGUUCACACAGCCAAUUGCAGAAAACCUCUAUACCUUGCAAAUCUUCAGAGAGUAACAUUCCUAAACUAAGGAAGGCGGAAACAAUUUCUGUUAACGAGGCAAGGUCCAAAAUUGUCAAAAGAGCAUCAAAGAAUUGUACUAAGGAAUUAAGCCUUUCAGAUGUAAAGUCAGAACCAAUCAUGCAAAUAGACAAUAAGAAGAUGGAUGGUGGAGAAGUGGAAUGUGAUUCUUCGGGUUUUGAAAAAGUAAGCAAGCAAGCAGAGGUUGAAAAUGUUCUUGAGCAUGUCAACUUAAAAUCUAAGGAUCAAGGAGAACUUCAUGAAAGUGAUAACGUUGCUAGCAUGGAGAACGUGGUAUUCCCUACACAUGAAAAGGAAUUUCUCACAAAGAGUCACACACACGAGCAGUUGGAGAAAGAGGCUGACCACCCUCUGGAUGACAAAUUAUAUGAUAUUUCGUCAAAUGGGGAUCAGUCUUUAUAUCAGGAACCAGAGUCUACGCACUGUCCUAUCAUGCAGGGAACUUCAGGUAAUGUUUCAAGUACUGUGCAUAGUGCCAUAGGGCAAGAUGAAGAUGACCAAAUCAAAGGUCCCACCUGUGACUUUCCAGCUUUAAAGGAAAGUUUGAUACUACAGGCAGAGCAUGACACAUCCUUUAAGGAUUCUAGACAUUCUGGAGAAUUUAAGGAAUAUAAUAGUGUCAAGACUGCACUUUUAAAUUCUAGCCUUGAUAAUUUUAGCAAAACUGUUUCUGAAGGAUCUAUACAAGGAACCGUUUGUAAGAAUACUGAACAGGUAAAUUGUGGUGUUGGUGAAUUUGGUAGAUAUGGAGGAGAUGCACAAGCUCAUUUAUCGAAUGAGAGUCUCUCAGUCAAUUGCAAUGAGACCACCCAAAGUAAUUUAGAGGCAAUUAGUCAGCAGCAGUUACAGGGGGAACAACUCAAGAUUCCAAAUCCUAGUAGUGUAGGAGAAAUUGCAUCGGAAAAAGUAAAUAUAUCUGAUAUGAGUACUUCUCAGCCGGUUCAUGUGACAACCUUAUUUUCCGAAGGGUCUCCUGAAAAGUUUAUACUAAAAAUCAAUGGUGCCUCUGAGAAUGAAUCAAAAAUAGCUGAAAUCAACAACGGUCAGCUUCCAGUUGAUGAUCAAUCAGGUUUCAUCCCGAGAAGCCCAAUUGAGGAGGAAUAUGAACAGGUUAUUGACUCAAAAGCAAUUCACGAUAAAGUUCAGGAGUUUGAAUUGGAUAGGUUGACUGAAGAUUGUAUAACUGUUUCAGCAACUGCUUGCUGCACUAAUUUAACUAAUGUUUCUCCAGAAAGAAGACAUUUUCCUGACAAUAAUGUAAAAAAUCUCCACUUAACACCUCAACUAUGUCCAACAGUAAAAACUGGUUCUGAUUCUGGGGUAAAUGAUAUGCCAAUUGAUAACAGCAGCACCAUUCCUGAAUCACAGAUUAGAGAUGAUAAUUUUUCUACUGAUACCUCAAUACACUGUGAGGUUCAGUGCGAUGUCCCUGGAAACAUUGAGCAACAAGCUAGUAUGUUUACAUCUCCUGAAAUUAAUGAAAUAUCUUGCGAAGAUGAGAGUCUAGUGCCAAAUCAUGGCCACCAUCUUCAGCAGAGUGAGUUUUCUGAAGUUUCUGCUGAUUCAGUUUCAAGCAUCAAAGAUCCUAUUGGCAGUGGAGCUGAAAAUUCCUCUGGACUUUUACACCAUACUCUGCUGGCUCAGUCAGUCCAAGAAUUUGAUCAUGCUUACAGAGAGAUUGAGGAAUCACACGAGGAAGAUGCACAAGCGCAAUCCUUUAGUGAAAAUCCUGUGGCAUACAACUGUAGAAACAAACACCCUCUUGUAGUUACUAAUGAUAAGUUUUCAUUGGCAGAUGAUAAUAAUAUAAAUGAAGAUUCCCAUCUUCCUGAGUUUCAAAAGCCUAGUGCUGUGGUUACCGUAGAUACCCUGGGUGUUAAUAACAUACUGCAGUUGGAUAGUGGCUUUCUGCCAACAAUUAUUGUUUCAUCUGCAGAAACCAAUGAACAAAAUUUAGUUGAGGGUGCAUUUGUAGGAUGCAGGUUCCAUACAAAUGAGCAUGAUGCUUCUAAUCAUCAUACUUACAGAGAGAUUGAGGAAUCACAUGUGGAAGAUGAAGAAGUGCAAUCCUUUAAUGAAAGUCCUGUGGCAUAUGACCGCAGCAGUAAACACUGUCCUGAAGUUAUUAAUGACCAGUUUUCAUUGGCAGAUGAUAAUAAUAUAAAUGAAGAUUCUCGUCUUCCUGAGUUGCAAAAGCCUAGUGAUGCUGUUGUUCUUGAUUCCCAGUAUGUUAAUAACAUAUUGCACUUGGAUAGUGACUGUGUACCAAUGGAUAUUGCUUCAUCUGUGGAAAUCGAAGAACAAAAUUUAGUUGAGGGUGCAUUUGAUGGAUGCAGGUUCCAUUGUAAUGAGCAAAAUGCUUCAAACCAUCAUAUUCAGGAUAUGGCUGAAGACAAAGAUGUUAAUCAUGACAUAGAUGAAAAGGUGGAGUUUUUGCAAAUUGAUGGUGCAGAAGAAGGUUCAUCAGACAUAUUGCCUGUAGUUGAAGUUCAACUUAAUGAGAAUGUUAUUUCUGCUGACUUUGAUUUUUCAAUUACUGAAGUGAGUGCUGCUUGGAAAUCUGAGGAGCAAUGCUGUUUAAGUGAAAAAUUGAAGUUACUAGCUUCAGAUUACCCAACCUUCAAUGCAACAAUUCCACAAGGCAGUGAAGUUAAUUUAGUGAAACUCAAUGAGAAAGUUAAUUUUGCUGAAUUUGAUUCUUCUACUGAAGUGAGUGAAGACCCUUUGGCAAGUGUAGUUACUUGGAAAUCUGAGGAGCAAUGUUGUUUAAGGGAAGAAUCGAAGUUACUAGCUUCAGAUGAUCCAACUGUCGAUGCAACAAUCCCACAAGGCAGUGAAGUUAAUUCAGUGAACAGUGAAAAUUUAUCAGAUGUAGCUGAAACUAAUAUCUGUGGGAAUGAUAAGUUUCCGAGUACUGACAUGCUGUGUGAGGCAAAAGGCAACAUCGACUUUCCGGACGACAACAGCAAAAUAAUCCAUCUUGGCAGCGAGAAGACUGCAACUAAAAGCAAGCAGGAAGUUCCUAUAGUGAAGCCUCCGCCAAAUGUUGCUCCGUUUACUGAGGAAUGGUUAGCUGCAAUAGAAGCCGCUGGAGAGGAGAUUUUAACGAUGAAAAGCGGUGCUGUACAAAACUCUCCUCCUGACAAAGUCCAGCAUGAACCGAGCCCUUGGUCACCGGUGAAGAAAAAUCAAGCGAUCGGACCAUUUGAUUGUACCAAAGUUACCAAACAUAACAUCCAGAAUUCCGAUCCAUCAUGACAAAUCUGUCAUUAAUCACUAACAUUUUCUUUUUUUUGCGUGAACCAGUUCUUUGUCGGGUGCCAGUCUCAAACUGAAUACCACGAAGUUGUAGAGAUUCAUACAACCAAGUGACCUCUCAGGAAUCAAGGCUGCGUGAACCAGUUCUUAAACAACUUAACACGUUUUAUUGAGCAAAGUGCUAUGUGGAUAGAAUUAACCAAUUGCCACAAUUAUGCCUUGCAAUGAUUAUUAAACUGAUUGUUCUCAAAUUGUAAAUGAUACUACUUGGUUUUGUCUCUUUUAUAUGAUUUUUUCGCCUAGUUCCCCAACAGAGUACACUAUUAUGGGUGUUCCAUUAGACUCAAAUUCUUUAAGCAAUGUAUGGGGUUCGAGUCUUUAAA